CAAGAUGGCACCCCGGGCGGGCCGUCCAGGCGCUCCUGGGCGGGCGCGAACGUGCACGCAUGCUCAGUCGGCCGCCUUACCGCUUCGCUGGGCGGGGCUCGCCUGUGAGGUGACGUCAAGGUUGGGUCAUGGGCGCUGGACCCCUUCCCCGCCGCCCCCGGCACCACCGCGCCUGAACUAGAGGAAGUGGACUUGGGUGAGCUUUAUUUCCCUGGCUGACAUCUCCAGUACAGUGCUGAACAGAAGUGGCAGAGAGGCACUCUCCCUGAGUUCCUAAACCUUAUCUUAGCUGAAAGGCAGAGACCUGAUCUUGCCUUGUUUCUGAUUUUAAGAAGAAAGCUUUGAGGCCAGCCUGGUCUACAGACGUCUCACUACAGGAGCUGUACAUUUACAGAAGACGAUGUCUGGAAGCUUCUACUUUGUAAUUGUUGGCCACCAUGAUAAUCCAGUUUUUGAAAUGGAGUUUUUGCCAGCUGGGAAGGCAGAACCCAAAGAUGAACACCGACACCUGAACCAGUUCAUAGCUCACGCCGCCCUGGACCUGGUUGAUGAAAACAUGUGGCUGUCCAACAGCAUGUACUUGAAAACCGUGGACAAAUUCAACGAGUGGUUUGUGUCGGCUUUCGUCACUGCGGGGCACAUGCGGUUCAUCAUGCUUCACGACGUGAGGCAAGAAGAUGGAAUCAAGAACUUCUUCACCGAUGUCUAUGAUCUGUAUAUCAAGUUUGCAAUGAAUCCCUUCUAUGAGCCCAAUUCUCCUAUUCGGUCAAGUGCAUUUGAAAGAAAAGUUCAGUUUCUUGGAAAGAAACAUCUUUUAAGCUAAACGCAGAAAACUUCAGAAUCACAGUGGGGUCUGCUCAGGAGUGUAUGAAUAGGAAGUAACUUGAAAAAACAGCCUGGCAAAACUUUACAUGUCUCAACUUAUCUGUAUAUCGUAAAAUUUCCUUUAUAUGUAACAAAUCUACUUUUUUCAUGUUAGUUAUCAACGUUAGCAUUUGCUUGUAAAUAGUUAUUAGUAAUUCAAAUAUUUUAUUUCAAAAAUUAAGAAUAAACCUCUAUCUUUACUGAU